AUGAUGGAGGAAAUAACAAAUACUAAAGUUGAGGAAAAUGACACGACAACCUUUCCCGUUGGUAUAACAAAGAAUUUAAAGUUUGAACUUCCUAAUCCAUUGUCAAAAAAUCAACAAAAAAAACAAGCUCGUAGGGAAAAAUACUUAGAAAAACGAAAAGAAAAAAGAGCUUUAGAGAAACAGCGUAGAAAAGAAAGACACCAAAAAAUGCGUGAAAAUAACAUUCCAAUUCCUUCUAGAAAAAAUUUUAAAAAAAUGGCUGAUAGUAACUGUAAAAUUCGUGUAGCUAUUGAUAUGUCAUUUGAUGAAUAUAUGUCUGAUGUAAAUAUAAAAGCUACAGUAAACCAGCUACAAUUUUGUUAUGGUUAUAAUAGAAGAGCAGAAAAUCCAAUGCAACUUUAUAUUGUUGGAUUAAAUGGUAGAGGAAACGAAGAAUUUUUAAAACAAAGUGACAACAAUUCUUGGGAUGUUCAUACAACGUCUAAAACACUAACGGAGAUGUUUUCUAAAGAUGAAUUGGUAUAUUUAACUGCUGAUUCAGAAAACGAUCUGGAUGAUAUUGAAGAUGACAAAGUUUAUGUAAUUGGAGGAUUGUUAGAUCAUAAUUCAUGCCCAAAACUUACAUUGGAACUUGCAAAAAAAAAUGGAAUAAGGCAUGCAAAAUUACCAAUUGGAAAUUACAUGCGUUUAAAGACAAGAAGUGUAUUAACAAUAAAUCAAGUUUAUGAUAUUAUUUUAAAGUAUACUGAAACAAAAAGUUGGGAAGAUGCUUUUUUUAAGGUUAUACCAAUCAGAAAAGGCAUUGAAAAAAUUGACAAUGUUGACUUAUAUUUUCUUAAAAUGUCAGCAUCUGCAACAACUGUGGUAAAUCCUUCUCAACUUCUACCAUUAGAAUUAGUUGAUAAAUGUAUUGGAAAUAAAUUAUGGAUUAUUAUGAAGGGUGACAAAGAAUUUGUUGGCACCUUGGUUGGAUUUGACGACUAUGUUAAUAUGGUUUUAGAAGAUGUUACAGAAUACGAAAAUACACCAGAAGGAAAAAGAAUUACAAAAUUAGAUCAAAUUUUACUCAGUGGUAAUCAUAUUACAAUGUUAGUUCCUGGAGGCGAAGGUCCUGAACUUUGA